AUGAAACGAAACAGACAACAGUCAGGAGAUGAUGACUAUGAAAAUUCUCUCUUUGAAAUGAUCAAUAUGAUGACCAACAAUGGCAAAUCACGAAUUAAUAAUGAUUUCCUUCUAUUUUCCGAAGGCUUUAAACAAGAAAACAAUCAAACCUUUGAAGAAUUGAAGAGUAAAAUUCUCAAAACUGGUGCUACAAUUAUGGAACAUCCCGAAGCCUUUUUAAAAGUCUUAAUUCAUACAAAAUUAGUGAGAAGUAUUUCAUCCAAUACAGAAAAGACUUUGAAUUCAUUAUUAAAGCUUGGUGAAGUUAAGAGUGAAGAGGAAUGGAAAGAAAUUCUCACUCCUCACGAAUUGAAACUCUUAAAAUCUCAUUCUCCAAAGCCUCCCUUGUUUGAAAUGUUGAAUCCGACUGUUAUUCUUGUAUGUACAGAGGCGGAGGCAAGGAUUGGCAUUCCACUAUUUAGAAUAAUUCUCAAAUUGAGUGAGGGUAGUAUGAAUGGAAUUGUUAUUAGACCUUCAGAUUUAGAUUCAUAUUUUGAGAAUUCUGAAGAGCUAUUAUACAAUUUGAAUAAGCAAUUGAUCAAUCCUGUUAUGAACUUUAGAGAUUACAUUUUACUCUCUGAUAAUCAGCAGGAAAAGGAAGAAAUGACUCGUUACUUGUUAGAGAAUGGUGCCUCUAAAGUGAUCCAAAAUUUAAUGAAUCCUCAUGAGGUUAUCGAAGACUUUGGACAGUGUGCAGUUGUAGUGAGUGAUUCAAUACUAUCUGCAGAACAAGGAAAAAUUUAUUUUGAAAUGAAACUUGUUGGAAAAACUGAAUUUUACCUGUACUCAGAAUUGGUUGCAUCGGUUAAUGAAUUUAAACAUUUGAAACCAUUAGAUAUAAAUCGUCUCAAACAUCACUGCAUCUCCUCUGAAUUAUUAAUAGAGGCAAGAACGAAGAGCAGGCAUAUGUUGAAUAUGGAUUAUGAAAACACUCUUCUCAAUAUGAGCAUCAAUUCUGAGCAACAAUUGAGUAAUAUGUUUCCAAAUGAGGUUUUCUUUAAUGCUCUCAAAUUUUUGCCAGUUCAAGAUAUUUUGAAUAAUUUUUCACUUGUGAACAAGUUGGCUAGAAAUAUGUGCUUCCAAGAUCACUUGUGGAAGGAUAUUUGUAUUGCAUACGCAUCAAAUUAUGAAUUUCUUUCUCCAUUCAGAAAUGAACAAGUAUUGGCCAAAACAAACAUGCCUCACUAUAUUAUUUUUAGGAAUAUCAUUAAUCCAAUUAUUAUUGAUUACAAGGUGGUUCUAGAACAUAUUUAUUCCAAAACCAAAGAAGGUGAAAGUAAGGCAAGCUUUGACUUGAUCAAGUUUAAUAGUGUCCUUACAACAGCGUUAUUUUUCGAACAAACUACAUGCCAAGAUGAUACUGUUGCAAUUGGUAGUACUAAGCUUUUUGGUAAUUUUGAUUUCCCUUCAAGUUUACAUCAACAUCCCAUUUGUCAACGAUCUCUGAUUUUACAAUUGAAUAUUAAUGAUUUGAAAGAGAAGGGAGUUGGUAUAUUAUCUAUUGAAAAUUCUCCUGUGAAGCAUCUUUUACCUGAAUCAGGUAUUCUCUAUUUCUUCGAUAAUGGAAUAAUUUUGCAUUAUGAUGGAAGUUUGAGUGAAUUGACAAGAGUUAAUAAUCCAAAAAAGACGGUGUGUGCAAAAGUUCAAUUCUAUGAGGCACUUUUUAUUCCUAAACUGUCUGAAAUAUUAUUUUCUGAUCCGUUUUUGUUACGCCACUUACUAUUGCCUAGUUGUGAAGGUUUCGAAUAUGAAACCUUGCGUUUGGAUGAAGUAUUUUCACAAUUAAUUCAUCCAAAAUUCUCUAAUGAAGGUGCUAGAUUAUUUGGAGCUUAUUCAUGCUUUAGUGAGGCCCAAUGGUACAGAGCGGCAGAUGAGGAUGAGGAUAGAUUCAUUGAUAUGGAUAGUUAUGUAGAGGUGGGAUCAAUAAUAAGCCCACUUUAUCAAUUCCCUUCUAAGAAUGGACUCUAUGGUUUCGGCUUAAUAGUACAGGAUGGAAAUCAAACUGUUUGGAAGAAUGUGGAAAACAUGCCAAAUAUUCGAACACUGCAACCAUCUUACUUUGGUAACUUUGGCAGAGAGAUUCCAUCUAAGUUCAAGAAGGAUUUCAAGUAUCUCACAGAGCAAUUCAAAACUGCAAAUUAAGAUUAAUUUAUUUGACAAAUGGGCAAUUGCAAGUAAGUUCUUUUCCAGUAUUUGAAAUAAAUGGCAUACAUCCAG